AUGCCCCCCCUCUUCUUCCACAAACCCACCUCCCCCUACGGCUUCCUCUGCCAAUGGCACUGCGCGCCCUUCACGGACAACGCCACCGCCGCCACCUUCAGCAGCGCCGAGCAGUACAUGAUGUACCGCAAAGCGGCCCUCUUCAACGACAGCGGCAGCCAGGCCGCGAUCCUGCGCACGCACGAGCCGCGCAAGCAGAAGAGCCUGGGGCGGAAAGUACAAGGCUUCGACGCCGACAAGUGGGACGAGGUCAAGCUCGCGGUCGUCGAACAAGGCAACCUCCUCAGAUUCAGCCAGAACCCCAGUCUACGGGCCGAGUUGCUGGCGACAGGCGGCCGUGAGCUCGUCGAAGCAUCGCCCUUCGACCGCGUCUGGGGCAUCGGGUUCGGCGUGCACGAAGCCCUGUCCGUUAAACGUGAGGAGUGGGGCCAGAACCUGCUUGGGGAGGCGCUGAUGCGGGUGAGGGAGAGGCUUGGGAGGGAGGAGAGGAAGGAGUUAGAGAAGGAGGAGAGGGGGGAGGGGGAUAGAGAGGGGGAGGAGGAGUAG